AUGCUUUGGAAACGGCCGCCACUGGCGCCGAUGGCCAGGCUCGCGCAACAUCUAAGUAACGGCCCGCGACCUGGCAAGAGACAUCUGGCCUCCAUCCUGCUCGCGACUUUUCUCAUCCUACAGCUACGACAGCUUCUCCGGCUCCUACGCAGACGCCGCACAGAAACCACAAUGGCUGCUGCAAAGAAGGCUCCCGCGAUCCCGGGCUUCACGGCCCUCUCUGAACAGAUCUUCGUGCACCAGCCCGACCUGAGCGACGGAAAGACUGUGCCAGCAGACGACCCGGAUGUGGUCAUGGUCUAUGGCUGGGGAGACUGUCUCCCCAAGCACGUCGCCAAGUACGCCGACGGCUUCCGCGAGCUGUUCCCCCACUCCAAGCAGAUCGUCGUGCUAUCCCCCAUUUCCAAGGCCAUGUUCUCCGAUCUCAAGGGCCGCUCGCAGUGGAUGACGCCCAUCAUCGACGAGAUCUUCCCUUCCGGGCCUCACGCCCCCGAUGCUCCCAAGAAGAUCCUGGCCCACACCAUGUCCAACACGGGCGCCGUCUUCUACACCUCAAUGAUCAAUGCCUACCAGGACCGUUACCACGAGCCUUUCCCUCAUCAGCUUCUCUCCAUGGACUCCACCCCCGGUAGCACGGACUUCCACUGGGCCAACCUGCAGCGCUGGUCGCGCGCCAUGGCCCUCGGAACCGCUGGUUGGUUUCCCUGGCCCUUUGUCGUCACGCAGAUCAUCUGGGGCAUGGCCCUCUCCCUCAACGGCCUGUACGAGUCCCUCAUUGGCCGAGAGCACGCCGGUGCCUGGGGGCGCAAGGCCGCCAACAAUGAAAAGUACGAGACCAAAGGCGCCAGGAAGCUCUACCUAUACAGCAAGGAGGAUGACUUGAUUGGCUAUGAGGACAUUGAGACUCACGCUGCCGAAGCGGCGAAGCUGGGCUGGCAGAUGGACCUCGAAAUGUUCGAGGGCAGCGGGCAUGUUGGGCACAUGCGGGCACACGCAGUCCAGUACUGGAAGGCUAUCCAGGAUUCAUGGAAGAGGGCCAUUGCGGCGCCGGCUGCUGAAGCCUCGUCGUAG